AUGGGCCUGAGCCCGGCCGCCGGGGGCGGGUGCGAGCCCCGCCUCCCUAGGUUCCCCCCGUCCCGCCCCAAACCCGCCGGGAGAACCGCCAGCAGCCGGCCAGAUGACCAUCAGCCGGCUCCCGGACGUUCAACUGCGCCUCACUCAUGCAACUAUAGUUUAAAUAGCUUUCCCCCUCAUGAAUUAGAAGAAUGCGUGGGAUCCCAAGCGUUGGUCCAACUCCGGCCCAAGCAGUCCCAGCAGGGCACGUUAGAACCAGAUGGAAGCGUCCAGCAGGGGGAGAAGCCUAUAGUUAUCUUGGAGAUCAGACCCAGCCAGAAGAGAGCAGAGUUGAAUUCAACACCCAAGCCUGAGAGUGAAGACAAGUUAAUAAACCAAGCAGCUGAGAGCAAACCAAGACCCAGACCUGGAGACCUGAUUGAGAUUUUUCGCAUUGGCUAUGAGCACUGGGCCAUCUACGUGGAAGAUGACUGCGUGGUCCAUCUGGCUCCCCCAAGUGAGGCAUUUGGGGUUGGCAGCAUCACUUCUACUUUUAGCAACCGUGCUGUUGUGAAAUACAGUCGCCUGGAGGACGUGCUGCACAGCUGCUCCUGGAAGAUCAACAACAAGCUCGAUGGGACGUACCUGCCCCUGCCCGUGGACAAGAUCAUGCAACGUACGAAAAACAUGGUCAACAAGAUCGUGCAGUACAGCCUGAUCGAAGGGAACUGUGAGCACUUUGUCAACGGCCUCAGAUAUGGUGUGCCCAGGAGCCAGCAGGUAGAACAUGCCCUGAUGGAAGGAGCGAAGGCUGCAGGAGUGGUUAUUUCAGCUGUCGUGGAUAGCAUAACGCCCAAAGCACUAACUGCUUGAAGGGGCUGACAACUCCAAGUAGAGGAAGAGCUACUGACACCACAAAGAGAAUGUGCCUCCUUCCCUCCCCUUGCUUUCUUCUGUCAGUGGCCCUGGUUAAAAAAAUUGUGAGC